AUGAGCGCACUCAGAGAUCGUCGCAUCAAAGACCCAAUGACGCCUAUGCGUCGUGUUCCAGGCUAUCGCCAUGCUCUUCAGGAAAGCAUCGCCAUGACACCCAGCAUUUCACGUGAAAAUCAUUCCGCUGCAGGAACAACGCCGAUUCCGGUUGACGCGAGCCCUGCCCCAUUGCACGUGCCAUCAGCAUCUUCCACGCAAGCGUCAAAAAGGGUUGAAGUCGUGGAGGGAGUCGCUCGAGGAAGUCGACCAUAUGCCAUUUCUCGGUCCCGAACUCUUCCAGACCUCCUUAGCGGUCAGAAUGCAAGUAAAUACUUUAACAUUCAAAUGAAAGACAUCGUCAAUUGUUGUGAACGUCUUGCUCACGCAACUGGCGCUUGGAUCUUCUUCACCGCUAAUCACUCCAAUGCACAACAAGAAUUCAUUCAUUACUCCUCACCAAAGUUUCGCCUAGAAGCACACGAUGCAAUUGAAGGGAUUACCAACGAGUUCAAUUCAAUCUUCGACAACCUCAUCACCACUCGCCGCGCAGAUGGAUUUGCAAAACAGGCGGAGUUACGACAACAACUUCAGGAGAAACAAAGUCAAUUGGAUUCGAGAGAUGUUGAAUUACAGGAGACGUCAAAAGUGGUGGAGGAACUUUUGGGUCGUCUUAAGGCAGUCGAGGCUAAGUUGAAAGCAGCUGGAAUAUCACAGUAG